AUGGCAACUCGUGGCGUCCCACUCCGAAACUUGAGCGACGAAUCCAAUGAUUACUUUAACACGAGUUACAACCCGCGGCCGGUCAAUCAAUACUUGUCUGAUGAUGGAGGUUACACAAGCCACGGCGAAACUCCCUUGGAUCUUAAUUCGACUCCUGGCAGUCAUCGUGCAUUGUUAAGCAACCCAAUCGGUCAAGACGACAACGGAAGCGGGCCCGGGGAGAAGGUCAAUGAGUUUCAGAACACGCCUGCAAGAUGGCGCCCUUAUUGGCUCCGACCUUCCGUCCUGUCCAUUUUCGUGGCGUUGUUCUUAUUAUUCACCGCCUGUCUUCCAGUGAUGUACUGGUACUCCCAAGAGCACGAUGGCCUGUUGAAAACCCGGCAGAAUCUCGUCUACUUGUGGCGUUUUGGCCCAACUGCUGUCCUGACUCUUAUCUCCAUGUUCUGGAACAGAGUCGAACUGCAAGCGAUUCGAUAUAUGCCAUGGAUGGCUCACCGUCAAGCCCAAUUAGAUGGACAAGAAGCGGAUGUGUCCGAUCUCGACUAUACAGCAAUGCUCUCACCCGUGAUCCUUUUUCAGUCCCUUAAAAGGAAACACUUUCUGGUUUUCUUCAUCUGCAUCGCUUCCUUUCUCCUCAAGCUCCAGAUUGUGCUUGCCCCUAGUUUAUACAGUCUGGCCAGUAUCAGCGUCACCGAGACAGCUGACAUCCAGCUGCAUAACAUCUUCAAUACAAGCAUUUCAGGCUCUAAUGGAACGGACAACAACCCAUACCUUAUCGCGAUGGCGCUCAACAACUUCAACUUGAGCUAUCCCUUUGGCGUCAAUGAGAACUUGGCGUAUCAAACCUUUGGAACUGGGAACGGCACCGUUCGAGGAACGACAGACGCGCCGCUGAAGGCUGUUGUCGACGGCUACUUUUCCGAAAUGCAAUGCCUGCAACUGGAGGACUAUUCCAUUCGCAGCACAGAGGUGGACAGGUUGGGAUACCAUACCUACAAUUUCAGCCUCAAGUUUCCAGGUUGCGAUACCACCAUCCCACACACCAGUUCCCGAAUUCUGUGGAACAACAGCACAGCAAAACGCAGUCGGUUUGCAGGCUAUUGGGGCCUCAAACCAUCCAUCCCCGAGCGCUGCCUAAAUUUGCCUCAACAAAACAACCAGUCUCUAUACCUCGCAGCCAGACUCGGACCAUCAACUCAAAACUCGUCUCAGCCCUUUUUGGUUAACGUUGCAGCCGUUCUCUGCACGUCGACCUCCUGGUUAUCCAAAGUGGAAGUGGUUGACGACGGAGUAAGCCCAAAAGUCAGGGUGCUACCCAAUCAGACAAACACUACAGUAUUCUCAGACCUCUGGGCGAUGAUCAGUGCCAGCGGCGUCGGUAAUAUGGGCUAUAGCGCGACGACUGGCGUGGUUUCCGGGCCGGUUGCAGCAAUGAAGACGUUUAGAGGAGAAGACAUCAGCACAGGACCAAACGUCACGGAUGCAACAUUGUAUACGAACGAGGCGCUGUACAACUCGGUCAUGGAUAUGUCGAGGACCCUCGGGCCCUUGCUUGCGCAUUAUCGACGUCGGCAAGACAGCCAGUCUCCGGCCCAUGUUACGGGCUCGAUUGCCUUGACUUAUGAUAAGCUGAUGGUCACUCAGUGGGUGUGUCUAACGAUGGCAGCCUGUUUUGCGUUUCUCAGUCUCCUGAUAUCUUGCCUUCUCCUUGUUUACAAGAGGCGAACUGCAGUAUGGUACAGGGACCCUGCCACCAUUCUAGGCAACAUGAUCUACUUUCGUGACAACCCGCGGUUUGCAGAGCGCGUUGUUGACUACAAAUCACCAUCAAGGGAUCAUCCGGUGAACUGGGACCGCUCAGAGUUCACGCCUUUAGUCCUUAGAACAUGGGUACGAGCACUGUUUGCCAUUUUCACUCUCGCAGUCAUAGCAGGCCUUUCUUCUGCACUCAACAUUUCGGAAUCAUCAGAUGGGCUUGCAACAGUAAGAGAGGAUGGCUACAUGCACCUGCUUUGGACUUCACUCCCAGCUCUGGUCAUGCUGGGCAUAGCCUUGUAUGUUAGCUGCUGUGAUUUUGCAUUCAGAGGUCUGGCAGUUCUCUGGUGUCUAUCAUCGAGAUCCUGCAGUGCAGAUGAGCUUGACGUAACGCUGGUGGAUAUGCUUGGACUCCGGGCAUUAUACAAUUCCCUGCAGAAGCGAGUCUGGACCGUCACGCUCUCUCAGCUUCUUGCGCUUAUGUGCGCGUUCCUAACAACUCUCAUAUCCGUCAUCUUCACGGUCGAAUCCAUCCCGGAGAACAAUGCUAUUCAGUUGCAGCAGAACUCAUGGUUUGGCUCCUUUGAGCUUGGGAUCGGCUUGGACGGCUUGAGCUCUUCUCGCAGAAACCGAGACGUGCUCAGCAGUCUUCUGACGCGCCAAGGCGAAAGCGAAUUGACGUACCCGCAAAACACUUACAACGAGCUUGUAUUUCCAGUCCUUGGUGGCCUUGAGAGCUUGGACACCUCGCCAAACAUGACUGUGAAAGCCACCAUCCCAGCCGCCAAGCUUCAGUCCACAUGUACAAAGCUCUUACCGAACGAGUACAGGGUGAGUAUCAAGAAUUGGACAGAAGAAACGACGUAUUACGAAGGCGACUUUCGCCAACCUUAUACCUGCCCUAACGGCAAGCAAGGUAACGUCUCCGAUUCAAUCACUCUGAGUGCCGCGACCCAUAAACUGGGUCUCUCCUAUUUUGCGAGCGUGUUUGCGUCACCGGGCAAUUUGGGAGAAUUGAACACGACUUGCCAACUCGGACUGAGCCCGAACUAUACCCUGUAUUCGUCAUACAGAGUUCAAACCUAUGCUUGGGGAUUGUAUUCCAAUGAGAAGAAGGAUUUCGAGUAUCUAUCUUUGUGGAAGUGCAAUUACACAUGGGUAGAGAUCCCUACUACAGUCAACCUAGCUCCCGUCAAAGGGAAAUAUGUCUUGGAUCCUGAUGCGCCGCCCCAACCAGAUGUGUCCAACAGCAAGCCCUGGGUUCCGACACUAGAGGUGCCGCAUCUUAACAACAAGUUUCAUACACGUGGUGUUGGAAACGCCUUCCCUCAGUCUAUCGUUAGGGACCCCCUCGCAGGACAAAUGGAUGAGCAAUUCACAGUGUUGAUAGAGCCGUAUGGUCGAUUUCCCUUAACGGCAUUUAACGAUACAAGCCAAGAGGACGGCAUCCUCAAGGACCUUCGACGUAAUUACGCAUUUCUUUCAGCUCAACUUGUCAACCUGGAAAACCGCUACAACAUGACUGAGAGCUCGUGGGAUAGUCCGCCUCCCGCCGGCGGUCUUCCCGCGGUGAAUGCAGUCAUCACAAACCAUGGUCGGCGGCGUUUGGUUCAGAAUCCCACAAUUACCUACGUGCUCAUUGGAAUAAUUGCGGUAGUAGCACUGGCCAACAUCUGGGCUUUAUGUUCAGCUUUGACUCGACGUCUCGUGGGAAGGAGCUGGUUGUUUGACAUGGAGGUAAAGGGCCUUGCUCCUGAUGGCUUUCACAGCAUGGCAGCGAUGGGUUCCCUGCUGCAGGGAUCCAAUGUUGCGAAUCACCUUCCCGAGAGUACCGAACUGUUGUCUUCGGAUGAGCUUCAUGGCCGGCUUUCUGGACUAAAUUUCCGACUCGGCUGGUUCCAGAAAGCAAUGGGACAAGAAAGUGUCUAUACUAUCGGGGUCGAAGGAGACGAUGGCCUACAGUACUUGGGUAGCAAGGCGAGUCUGGCUACGCAGGAUUGA